AUUUGGGGAGGUUAUACCACACAGAAUUUUUUAAAGUUUCUUUAGUAAUUACUGUGCAUAGUACAUAAUUUCAUCACUUUUUGGAGACAUGGUCUCCCUGUGUUCAGGAUGGCCUUGAACUCUUGAUCCUCCUGCCCAAAGUGCUGGACUUACAGGCAUCAUCCUAUUUUACUACUUUAUUUCAGAAGAAACCAGUGAGUAGCCACAUUUCAAAAACAAGCAAGUAGACAUUCACAGAGACUUGGUUAAGUUCCACAAUUAUUAACUAGCAAAGCAGAGUACCUCCUAAUAUUUUCUGUUUUGUUUUUUCUUAUUUGACAUGUGAGAGAGUCCUCAUUCUGUCCAUCUCCAGGCAGGUGACCUUGCAACAAUAUUAUGCUGUUUUCUAUCAUUAGAUAUUAUCUGUCAUACUCACAUUGCUCACCAGUCUCUCCUGUGUUCAGAAAUAGCAAUGCUCCCCUUGGCCUGUAGUCCUAUUUUCUUAUAAACUGACAAUCCCUCUUUGGGGGUUUAUAACCCAACUAUUAUUAUAGCUGUGACUUAACUAAAUCUCAGUUCUAAAAAAUGUUGGAUUCUGGGCAUGGUAGAACAUGUCUUUAAUUCCAGCACUUAGGAGGCACAUACAGGGCGAUCUCUAUGAGUUUGAGACCAGCCUAUUAUACAAUGAAAGUUCCAUGACAGCCGAGGCUGCAUAGAGAGACCCCUGUCUCAGAAGAUGGAGGAGGAGAGGAGCAGGAGGAGGAGGAAGGGGUGGAGGAAGAGGUUUGGAACAACAUCUGUUUCUCAUUCGUAAGAUAGGGAGUCCUCAGCAAUCCUAGGACCUAGAUUCUAAUACCUCAUCUAUAGAUGAGGAAAGUAAGGUGGAGAGGGUAAAUAAAUUUCCCAAGGAUCACAACUGUUUCUGUGGUUCACCACAAUAAAAUAUAUAAUUCCCAAAAUCUUCUGUUUCUAGAAAAAUGCAUGCACACAUAUGUAUGUAUUUCUUGCAUCUAUUUUUCCUCCUGGGUGUUAUUUAAAUAUGUACCCUUUGUUCAAAGCUCAAUUAGCAUUACUGAAAGCGUCUCCACCAAUGUCAUUUCUCCUGUGUGGCUUUCGGGCAGUUGUCUGCCCCAGAAGGCAAAGCAGUAGGAGAGGUAAUGCAGCCUUACCUUGCCCGCUGCCAGAUACAGGCAGCUUUAGGCUUUUUACAUCCAUUUUCAUCCCACAAAAUGUUAAGAUACAGUGCGAACACAUGGCGGCGCUGUAGGAUAAGAAAGAAAAACUAGAAGGCAGCUGUGGCUCCAUUAACAGGAUAAAAAAAAAAAGAAAAGAAAAGGGAAAGAAGAAACCUUCUGAAGCCUGGAAGCCCAGAGAAGCUCUGACACUUCAGACAGGAGUUCUGUGCCCUCAGGAAUGGACUGGAAUAAUUCUCAGGUAUCUAGUGAAUAACUACAGUACCAGAUACCAGGGAGAAUUUACAGUUUUGCUGAAACAUCCUCCAGGACGCUGCACCACCACAAACAAUGGAGGCCAGCAGGAAGCUCCCUUGCAGACAAAGGCAAGUCCCUUUUUUCUUUUUCCUAUUAGGAUUGUCUCUGGCAAGUGCCGGGGAACUGAGGCGCUAUUCUGUGGUGGAGGAAAGGGAGGGUAGGUCCUUUGUAACCAAUUUAGUAAAUGACCUAGGUCUCAGGCAGCUGGAGCUCUCCAGACGAGGGGUUAAGGUCGUUUCGAAAGGGAACAAACUACAUUUGCAGCUGGAUCAGGAGACGGGGGAUUUGCUAUUAACUGAGAAAGUGGACCGAGAGGAACUGUGUGGGCAUACAGAGCCAUGCCUGCUGCGUUUCCAAGUGCUGCUUGACAAUCCCUUAGAUAUUUUUCAAGCUGAGCUGGAAGUUACAGACAUAAACGACCAUUCUCCAGCAUUCCUGGACAAAGAAAUCAUGCUAAAGAUAUCAGAAAGCAGUCUUCCUGGGACUACAUUUCCUCUGAAGAAUGCUCAGGACAUGGAUGUGGGUCAAAAUGGCAUUGAUAACUACAUUGUCAGUUCCAAUUCCUAUUUCCACGUGCUUACUCGAAAACGCAGUGAUGGCAAGAAAUAUCCUGAGCUGGUUCUAGACAGAGUAUUGGACAGAGAGGAGGAAGCUGAGCUCAGGCUAAUCCUCACAGCACAGGAUGGCGGCUCUCCACCUAGGUCUGGCACCACUGAGGUCCACAUUGAAGUCCUGGACUUCAAUGACAAUGCUCCCCAAUUUGAGCAGCUUUUUUAUAGGGUACAGGUCCCUGAGGAUAGUCCAAUAGGCUUUCUGAUCACCACUGUCUCAGCUACAGAUAAGGACAUAGGAGUCAAUGGAGAGAUCUCCUAUUCGCUUUUCCAGGCUUCAGAUGAUAUUAGCAAAACCUUUUCGAUCCAUCCCUUGACAGGGGAAGUGCGAUUGAAAGAGCAACUUGAUUUUGAAAAGACUCAGUCCUAUGAAGUCAAUAUUGAGGCCAGAGAUGCUGGAACCCUUUCUGGAAAAUGCACGAUUCUGACACAAGUCAUGGAUGUGAAUGACCACGCUCCAGAGAUUAUCCUGUCUGCGUUUACCAACCCCAUCCCAGAGAAUUUGCCAGAAACUAUGGUGGCAAUUUUUAGCGUUUCUGAUCUAGAUUCAAAAGAAAACGGAAAAACAAGCUGUUCCAUUCAGGAUGAUCUACCCUUCUUCCUAAAGCCUUCUGGGGAAAACUUUUACACGCUAUUAACACAAAAACCACUGGAUAGAGAGACUAUAGCCGAGUACAACAUCACCAUCACAGUCACUGACAUGGGCACACCCAGGCUCACAACCCAGCACACCAUAACAGUGCAGGUCUCUGACAUCAAUGACAACGCCCCCGCCUUCACCCAAACCUCCUACACCCUGUUUGUCCAGGAGAACAACAGCCCCGCCCUGCACAUAGGCACCAUCAGUGCCACAGACUCAGACUCAGGUUCCAAUGCCCACAUCACCUACUCUCUGCUGCCCACCCAAGACCCUCAGCUGGCCCUCAACUCGCUCAUCUCCAUCAACGCAGACAAUGGGCAGCUGUUCGCGCUCAGGGCGCUAGACUACGAAGCCCUGCAGGCCUUCGAGUUCCACGUGGGCGCCACAGACCAAGGCUCUCCUGCGCUCAGCAGCCAGGCGCUGGUGCGAGUGCUGGUGCUGGACGCCAACGACAAUGCGCCCUUCGUGCUCUACCCGCUGCAGAACGCCUCUGCACCCUGCACAGAGCUGCUGCCCAGGGCGGCAGAGCCAGGCUACCUGGUCACCAAGGUGGUGGCAGUGGACCGCGACUCUGGACAGAAUGCCUGGCUGUCCUUCCAGCUGCUCAAGGCCACGGAGCCCGGGCUGUUCAGCGUGUGGGCUCACAAUGGCGAGGUGCGCACCUCCAGGCUGCUGAGUGAGCGCGAUGCUCCCAAGCACAGGCUGCUGCUGCUGGUCAAGGACAAUGGAGAUCCUCCAAGGUCUGCCAGUGUCACUCUGCAUGUGCUGCUGGUGGAUGGCUUCUCUCAGCCCUACCUGCCUCUGCCAGAGGUGGCGCGCGACCCCGCCCAUGACAAUGAGGACUUGCUCACUCUGUACCUGGUCAUUGCCUUGGCUUCUGUGUCUUCUAUUUUCCUGUUGUCUGUGCUGCUGUUUGUGGGGGUGAGGCUGUGCAGGAGGGCCAGGGCGGCCUCUCUGGGUGGCUGCUCUGUGCCUGAGGGCCACUUUCCUGGCCACCUGGUGGAUGUCAGUGGGGCAGGGACCCUGUCCCAGAGCUACCAGUAUGAGGUGUGUCUGAGGGGAGACUCUGGGACAGGUGAGUUCAAAUUCCUGAAACCAAUUUUACCUAAUUUCCAAGACCAUCCUCUUGGACCAGAAAUGGGAGGAAAUUCCAACUGCAGGAACGACUUGGGUUUUGGCAUUUAGUUAAAAUAACUAUUUGUUUUGUUUUGUUUUUAACAUGGGUAGUGUUUUUUUUUUUUGUUUGUUUGUUUGUUUGAAACUCAAGCCACUGUUCUUGCUGUGCCCAUUUUGAAAAUUUGAAGCAUGCUGAAAACUUGUUUUCAGGAUAUUCUGGCCAUGGUUUUAGUGAGAGUAUCUGGUCUUUUCUCCAGAGUGGAAGAUGAAAUGUUCUAAUCUUGUCUCUCUAACGUGUCACUAGUUGUACAAAUCCUUGUUCUACGAUCAGUUCAACCCAAUCAGAUGCGGUUUAGUGUGUGUUCUGUUCCUAGUUGUGAGCCAUCGAGAACAUACUCCAUGGCAUUGCUCAAACGCCACGAAAUCUAAUCAGAAAGGGGGAAAGACGGGGCGCUGGCUUGUGCUUUAUUCGGCCUCCACUGGACUAACUUCUUUGUUGGUGUUUUCUCUUAAAAAUGUUACAUAGCUGCAUGGCUCUUCUUUUGCCCAUUAUUGUUUUUAAUAUCAUGAUUUUAAACUGCUUUCCACUGUGCUUUGUUGGUGUUGAGGGUUCAGAAAGUUGCCUUAUUUACCUGGUAAGCUGAAAUAGCACAGCAGUAAAAUUGACUUUUCUCUUCUGAGAAAUGUUGGCCAGUGGAAAAAAACUGUUCCUGACAUUAUUCAUUCUUUCUCCGCCCCAUCCCACCCCCCUUCUUCACUGUCGGAUUUCAAAUUCCAUUCUGGCUAUUUGUAUGCUUAGUCAAAAGAAUACAUUUUCACAGUCUUCUUUGGCAAAUAGAUCCGGGCACAUGGCUGGGGUAUAGUGAGAUGUAAAAAGAAGCAGCUUCCAAAGCCUUUCAGUUGAGGAUAAACCCAGGGCCCCAUGCAUGCUAAGUAAGGACGGUAUCACUGAUAUAGGACUGCAAACCUCCACGAACACUUUCAAAGGGAGAUAUCUCACCUGACAGGGGAUUCCCACCUUUUCAACCCUUUAAUGUGGUUCUCAACUUGUGGAUCUCGACACCUCUGGGGUCGUAUACCUUAUCAGAUAUCCUGCCUAUCAGAUAUAUACAUUAAUAUUCAUAACAGUAGCAAGAUUACAGUUAUGAAGUAGCAACAAAUAAUAUUAUGGUUGGAGGAUCACCACACAAGAAACUCUAUUAAAUUGUCACAGAAUUAUUAAGAAGGUUGAGAAUCACUGCUUUAAAACUAUGUUCUCCUUGGGAUGUGUAUGGUAUGAUGAGUGCACAUGUAGGAUCUAUGAUAGGAAUGGUGAGCUGAAAUAGUAUGGAAUAAACUUAAUAGAGAUGGGGUCCUGGAUGACUCAGGAGUUCUUAUAUUAUUCCCUCUGUUGCCAAUUUCUAAUUGCACAUAGAUGUGUCUGCAUGUGGGUAUGUACAUAUGGGUUCAGGUACCCUCAGAGGCAUUAGAUUUCUUUGAUCUGGAGUCACAAAGGGCCCUGAGCUGCCUGUCCUGGGUUCUGAGAACCAAAUUCAGGUCCUCUACAAAAGCAACAAUUACUCUUAACCACAGAACAGUCUCUCCAGUCCCUACAUUUAUUAUGUUUUAAAUCUUUUCAUAAACCCCCUAUGUGAGUUAGCAAUUAUUUUCUCUCUCUCUCUCUCUCUCUCUCUCUCUCUCUCUCUCUCUCUCUCUCUCUCUGUGUGUGUGUGUGUGUGUGUGUGUGUGUGUGUGUGUUUAGGAAUACCACCUCCUAUCAAAUGAAGAUAUAUAAAGAUUGCUAUAACAAGAGUUUAGGCCUCAUUGGUUUGAGGAAUCCAGUUAACAACUUCUGGAGCAAUUAGCAAAAAUGAUGAAUUAGUAAGGGUCUCAGUGUGUGUGUAGACUGGAGUUCAAACCCCGAGUCGCACACAUACUAAAUGUGCUCUAUCACUGAACUUCCUGCUCUGCCCAUUGUGAAUUUUCACUGAAACUCAAUUCGAAUUAUGGAAACAGAAAAUAUAAACAGAAGAAUACAGAUUAUCCAGGCUUUCAUUAUAGAACGUAAGCUCUAUCUUUAAAUUUAAAUAGGAUUUAAUAGAAUAAAUUUAAAUUUAUUUUUAAGCUGUCACAACUCAAUUAUUAAACGAUGAACAAUUUAAUUAAAAAUAAGCAAAAACCAGAAUAUUUUUCCAAGAAGAUAUGUCCAUGGUUAAUGUGCACCCGAAAAGCUGUUACAACAUCGCUCAUCAAAUCAACAUCACAGCAAGAUGCUUGGACCUCCCUGGAUGGCGAGGACCAAAGCGUCAGAUCAGUGUUGGGAGGAUGUCAUAAUUUUGAAACCCUGUCACACAGCUCAUGAAAUGUAAAAUGCUGCAGCCAUGUUUUAAAACAGCCUGUCAAUUUUUCAAAUGGGUAACAUAGAGCUAUCAUAUGGUAAGCAAUUCAGCUCCUAGAUAAAUAAUAUAUGUUCCAUAAAAUAUGUACAUGAGCUGGGAGGUAGUGGUGCUUGCUUUUAGGGAGCCAGAGGCAGGUGGACCUGAAUUCAAGGCCAAUCUAGUCUACAGGGUGAGUUCCAGGACAGCCAGGGCUACAGAAAGAAACCCUGUCUCACACGCAUACAUAUGGAAGUCUUCAUAGUAACAUUGCUCAGAAAAGCAAAAGGGUAGAAACAUUCCAAAUGCCCAAAUAAACGUGAGCCUGCUACAGUCAGAAAAAAUAAUAAAAAUACUGACACAUGCCAGAGUUUGGAUGAACCUUGAAAGCAUCAGGAGGGAAGCUGACCUCAGAAGUUCACAUAUUCUGUCAUUCUACUCGUAUGCAAGUCUACAAUAGAGGACUCCAUAGAAAUCAAAAAAGGAGACUGAUUAUUCCUUUGGGCUCUGCCUAGGGAAAAGAGGAAAUAAUAAGAUGGGAGUUAAGGGAUGUGAGGUUCUUCUUUGGUGCAAGAUAUAUGCUCCAAAACUGACGUUGAUGAUGGAUGUGCCACUUUGUGUAUAUGUUAAAGAGCUCUAAGCUUUACUUUAAAUGGAUGUGUUUAAGUGUAUGUUAUAUUCCAAAGCUGUAUAUUACAAGACACAGGCAUUCUUCAUGCCAAAUAUAAAAACCAAUCCAGGUCCACAUAUGUCUAUGAAAUAAUUUUCUGGUAAUUGAAUGUUGGGAAAACCUACCAUUCUUUCCUUGGAUGUUGGAGAGAAGACAGAGUCCAUGCCUUCUUUAAUAAAGCAUGUCUACAUUCUGUAGAAUUCACUGGUUGAAAUUUUUGCAUUGCCCACUCAUUUCUAGCUCCGUGGUGUGCAUGACGAAAAAUAUGUGCCUGUGAAACAUUCCCCAUGCUAUUUUUGAGACUUUGCCCCUCGAUGCAAAUGUUGAUUACACUACCUUACUUAUGUCAUUGACACAUCGGCAGCAUUAAAUACUCAAUACCGUGAA